UCAAAACCACAGAGGGAAUGGUUUCUCUGCACGAUAAAAUCUCUGCUAUUAUUUCAAGAUAAAAGCAUCUUUUGAAACAGUUUUAUUUUACAGCAUUUCUCCCACAGGAAGCUUUUGAAUGGUGUGUAAUGGAUCUGGGUACCUGAGUCCACUCUACUUCUAACAAAGAUGUGCUAUCAGAUAACGGUAACCCUGCCCCUGUUGCCAUAGUACAGAACACAACAUCCCUUCUCAUAGCCACUGAACUCCUGCUUGGAAGUACAACAAGCUAUACGCUACAGGUGCCCCCUUCCUGAUUUGUCAACCCAUCUUGGUCUAGGCUUAUUGGAAUUUUUUUUUGGCCAAACACCCAUUCAUGGUCUGCUAAGCCACGUCUCAUUAUUUCUUAAGCAAGAGAAUAUUUUUUGGAGCUCAGAAGUAGUUCAGAACCAUGGUCAGCACAAAGACAUCUCGAAUCUAUGCAACUAUAAAGUGAGGCAGACAUCUAACACAUCAAGCAUGUGACACUGUUGGAAACAAAAGGAAACGGAAAGAAACAAGGGAGAUGAAAAUGUUUUGUCUGACAUGGAUGAUUUGUAUGGAGAACUGCUAGAAGAAAGAUCAGAGGAAGGCAUUUGACCUACUGUACUACGUUUUAAUCUGAGGAAAAAGCAAAGCCGUUUAAUUGAUGCAGAUGUAACCAAAACCAUUUUGUUGUGAUGUUUAAAAGCAAACUAUAUUGCAAGCAGCUGAAGUAUCAAUAAACUUUUACCCUGAUUACAAUGAGCCUCUGGCAAAUCUAUCUUUCAGCUAGCGACAAGAGAUUUGGAUACUGCCUAACUCAUUUUGUCUUACAAUCAAGAAGCUAAAGGAGACAAGAUACAGGUGAAGAACGUGGCACAUUAUGUUCAGAAAGAUCCAUUUGCUCUUUCAUCCCAACUCCCAUAGGAGUCUGGCUGAUGAUAUCCCUUGUUACGAUGACACAGGCUCUGCUGUGAGGCUGAUCCGCAGCACCUCUAUGUGCACUCUUGGAAGUGAGCAACAGAGACUCAGUGAAUCCUUGAAAAAAUGCAAAAGUACCACCAGCAUAGACUCAUGUGCAUACUUCCAGCAGAAAGAGGAAGAUAGGGCCUGGCUGUACUCUAAGACUCAACACUGCUUACAGUACUUACAGGAUCUAUUAGCGCUGAGGAAAAAAUACCUUGAGAGCAUCAAUGACUUAAAAUCCAUGAAAAUGACAUCAGAAAUUUCUCCAGUGUCAACAAAAUCCUCCAAAACAGGCAAAAAGCCUCCUCCCCCACCUCCUAUCAGGCACUCCUCAAAGAUACCACUGGAGAGAAAAGUCCCACAGCCCAAUUCAGAUGUAAGAGAGGCAAUAGCUUUCUUUGACUCGGUGAUUGCAGAGCUGGAUGCAGAGCGACGGCAGAAAGUGCCUGUGACAGAUCUUCCAAAUGUGGAUGUUGACUUUGAUGUGGCUACCAGCACUCGUGAACACAGUUUACAUUCAAACUGGAUUCUUCGUGCCCCUCAAAGGCACUCCCAAGAUGCCUUGCAAACAGCAAAGGCAGCAAGUCAAUCUCAAAGAAACAGCCAGAGAAGAACAAUUGGCUCCAGGAAAAGAUUGGAAAGAUAUCCAAUUUAUUUACCCAAAGCUGUGGAAGGGGCAUUCAGCACUUUAAAAUUUAAACCAAGAUCAUGUAAGGACUAGCCCCAGUUGGAAGAUAGCUAUAUAAAAAAAAUCGAAUGUCUAGCAUUUACUUCUCUUGAUAAGCUCUGGCUUACCCAGCAUUGUAGCAGGGAGAAAUAACAGUGUAUGUUAACGGAAGAUUCUUUAUGCUGUUUUAUUGUGAGCCAUGGCUAUUCCAGGUUUGCAGUGACAUUGGAGCAUAGCUCAUUGAGUUCAUUGUGCCUAACAAUACUGAUUUAUCACCAGGGGGGGAAAAAAGCUCCUAUAUGCCUUUUCCAGCAUAAUUGGAAACCAUGACUCAAGAAUUGCCUGGUACAGUAAUUUAUUUCCUGGCUCUAGUCCUACAAAGCAGUUCUAGUCAUGUUUGGUGAAUUUUUGCAACAGGAGUUCCAAUUUCAGGACAGCAAAAUAGACUUUCCUCAUCUUUGCCUCGGAGAAUUUAGUGUGUGCCAUCAUCAGUCCCACAACCUGAGAGCAUACAGUGGCACCGAGGGGGGGCUGUUCAGAAAGCAAUCUUUAGAGCUUUAGAAAUAGCAGCAAUCAGAGCAUUAGCAUGAGCAGAUUUUGUUGUGAGAUAAUUCUCCCAUUGUGUGCUAAAAAAGUCAAACAGAUCCUGUACUCUGCUGUCUGAUGGAAACUGUUUUGUUGCUGGAGACAGCAUAAAGGGCUCCUUGCAGGUCAAGAUUUGUGCAGAUCUCUUCAAAGGUUACAAAUAAAGUAAAAUAAAAAUUCUUCAACUAUUUAUUAGAAUAUCGUAGUCUUACAUAGAAAAUAAGAUUUUAAAACAUUUACACUUACUCUUAUAGGUGUAUAGUAUCUUUGAACAGCAGCAUUUGUGAACAAACUGGAUACAGACGGCUCUCUAAUCUGUGGUUAAAUUACAAACAUAAAUCUUCGCACAUCAUCACUAGGCUACAGCCAUUACCCAAAUAUCAGCGUUCACUAAGAUCUCCAGUAACCACUAAAAAAAAAAAAACCCAACACAUUAUAGAGGUGCUCCUAAGAAGAUACCUUUACUUUAGUAACGGUAAAUAAAGCAUUUGGAAUUUUUGUGAUAUAUAUAUGCUUACAGCUCUAAUGCAGUGUGUUCUGCGAGGCAGUCGGAGGUGUGCCAUGGAGAAC